CACCCUAAUACAGCUCUGUUUCAGCCGCGGCGCACCCGGGAGGAAUAGGAGGUGAAACCGGUGCUGCAGAUUGGGGGGGCACGGGCACCCACUGAGCAGCGGGGGCCGGGAGCGCGCUCCUGCAUCGUGGGCGCGCCUGGCCGUCUCCAUUACUAAUACAGAAAUCAUGAAUUUAGAUCGGCUGAGGAAGAGAGUACAGCAGUAUAUAGAGCAGCAACAGUACCAGAGUGCCUUAUUUUGGGCGGAUAAGGUUGCUUCGUUAUCACGUGAGGAACCACAAGAUGUUUAUUGGCUUGCACAAUGUCUGUAUCUGACUGCUCAGUAUCACAGAGCUUCACAUGCCCUGAGGUCAAGAAAACUGGACAAGGCGUAUGAGGCAUGUCGAUACCUGGCAGCUCGAUGUCAUUAUGCUGCCAAAGAGUACCAGCAAGCCCUAGAUAUCCUGGACAUGGAAGAACCGAUUAGUAAAAAGCUGUUUGAGAAGAGUGCAAAGGAUGAAAAAUUAUUAAAAGAUGGUUCUGAGGAAUGGCAGAUUUCGCAGUCCUCGAUCAAAAGCUCUAUUUGCCUUUUACGUGGAAAGAUCUAUGAUGCUCUGGAUAACCGAACCCUGGCAACCUAUAGCUACAAAGAGGCCUUGAAGUUUGAUGUUUACUGCUUUGAAGCAUUUGACCUACUAACAGCGCACCAUAUGCUGACCGCUCAGGAAGAGAAAGAGCUUCUUGAUUCUCUACCUCUUAGUAAGAAAUGUCCAGAAGAUCAAGAACUCCUUCGUUUCCUCUUUGAAAACAAGCUGAAAAAGUACAACAAGCCAAGUGAAACAGUGAUACCAGAAUCUGUAGAUGGUCUUCAGGAUAACCUUGAUGUAGUAGUUUCUUUAGCAGAACGACAUUACUACAAUUGUGACUUCAAGAUGUGCUAUAAACUUACAUCUGCAGUAAUGGAGAAAGAUCCCUUCCAUGCAAAUUGUUUACCUGUACAUAUAGGCACUCUAGUUGAGCUGAACAAAGCCAAUGAACUUUUUUAUCUUUCUCACAAACUGGUUGAUUUAUAUCCUAAUAACCCAGUUUCCUGGUUUGCUGUAGGAUGCUACUAUCUUAUGGUUGGGCAUAAAAAUGAACAUGCCAGACGAUACCUAAGCAAAGCCACCACACUGGAGAGAAGCUACGGUCCUGCAUGGAUUGCUUACGGUCACUCAUUUGCAGUGGAGAGUGAACAUGACCAGGCAAUGGCUGCUUACUUCACAGCUGCACAACUGAUGAAAGGAUGUCAUUUGCCAAUGUUGUAUAUUGGUCUGGAGUAUGGGCUUACUAAUAAUUCAAAGUUAGCAGAAAGAUUUUUCAGCCAAGCAUUGAGUAUCGCACCAGAAGAUCCAUUUGUGAUGCAUGAAGUUGGCGUGGUGGCAUUUCAAAAUGGAGACUGGAAAACUGCUGAGAAAUGGUUCCUGGAAGCACUAGAAAAAAUCAGAGCAAUUGGCAACGAGGUUACAGUUGACAAAUGGGAACCUUUGCUGAACAACUUGGGUCAUGUCCGACGAAAACUUAAAAAGUACGAGGAUGCGUUGGAAUAUCAUCGCCAGGCCCUGGUUCUAAUACCACAAAAUGCAUCCACUUAUUCUGCCAUUGGAUACAUACAUAGUUUAAUGGGAAACUUUGAAAGCGCCAUUGAUUACUUUCACACGGCACUUGGUCUAAGAAGAGAUGAUACCUUUUCUGUUACAAUGCUUGGACACUGCAUAGAAAUGUACAUUGGUGAUUCAGAAGCAUACAUUGGAACAGAGAUUAAAGACAAGUUAAGAUGUUAUGACUUUGACGUUCAUACAAUGAAAACCUUGAAGAACAUAAUUUCACCUCCCUGGGAAGAAAGGGAAUUUGAUCUUGAGCGGCAGUCCCUUGAUGAAAGUGGUAUCAUGGCCUUAGAGACAACUCAUCUGCUACCUAAAUCCUCUGAUGCCAGAUCACCAGUGGAAGAAGCUCUUGAGAUUGAGAUGAAUGAAAGUGAUAUGAUGCUAGAGACUUCAAUGUCUGACCACAGCUCAUAAGUAGUAGAGCACCAAGGCUGCUUGUACUACUUGAGACGUUUUGCACCCUGAAAUCUAGAUAUUCGAAAGUGAACUGGCACUCCACUUAUCGGCUGAACUGGGAGAGAAGCCUUGGCUUUGUCACAGAAUUGCUAGGGAUGCAUGAUGAGCAAUGAACUGCUAGUUUCCGUUGUUGGAAACUAUUUCAUAGUAUGAUACCUUCAAGAGGUUUUACGUUUUUUUAGUGUUGUAAAAUGUAUUUCACUUAUUUUUUUAACAUUGUACUGUGGACUGCCUUUAUGAUUAUAAUUUCACUGAUGUAUAAUUAAUCACCAGUAGAAAAAAAAAAUAUUUUAAUAUGUUACAUCGGAAAGAGCAUUUGUUGUCCACAGACCACUCUGGUUUGAUAAUGUGAAAUUGCUUUACUCUGAAAUGUACAAUUUGCACCAAAUUUGUUCAGUGUCUACAAUAAAUGCUUGGAUAGACAAUA